AUGGAAGUGCAGUUGCAAGAGCGACCUACGCAUGCGUCAAGAACCGAGUCUGAUUCACCAAACAAAAUAGACGCCUCCAUUCCACCUUUAACGACUGCAAGAAUCAGUACCAACAUUAAUUCUGGUUCGAAUGAUGUAGAAAAUCAGUCCUAUCUUAGCUCGCCGUCAAAAUCUCAGCCGGACGAAGACAACAUUCAAUCGAAUACCGACAGUGAAGCCAAUAGGGCUCCGUAUGUUAUCAACGCUGAAGGUGCAAGGAUGCGAUAUUUCGGUGCUUCUUCUGGGUUUUCGAUCGCUUCUCCCCAAGGCAUGAAAUGGCUAGAGGGGGAAACACGCUCGGGAGCGUGGAGAUCUGCUAGCCAAAGAACUGCACCCCGAUGGCAGUUAUCCAGUUGGUACCCUCGCAUACUACAGGGCGACUUGGGACAACGCGUUUCUCAGCCGUUGCCGUCUAAAUCAACGACAGUACAACUAGUUGGUGAAUACUUUAGCGCAUUCAAUAGAGUCAUGCCACUGUUUCAUGAGGGCACGGUGAUGAGAUUAGUGGACAAACAAUUUGGUUGGAACCCUGACGAAAGUCCUUCAUGGUGGGCUUCCUUGAAUGUCAUUCUUGCAUCCGCGUACAGGGAAAGGGCUCAACAGCUACCAGAUGGUAGUGACGAAUGGCAGAAGUCUAUGGGACACAUUAGGAAUGCUUUGAACGUCGUUGUGGAACUUUUCAUGCGUGCUGCUGAUCUACUUGCUGUCCAAGCAAUGUUGGGGUUAGCAAUCCUCUUUCAGAACACACCAAACCCGCAGCCGCUUUUUAUGUUCGCCGCAGCGGGAAUGCGUCUUUCACACUCUGUUGGGUUGCAUCGCAACCAGACAUUCGGACUAUCUCCAUCCGAAAUAGAGGAACGGAGAAGAACUUUCUGGAUAGCAUUCAUCUUAGAUGCAGAUAUCUCUCAUCGAACUGGCCGACCACCGGUGCAGGAUGCAAACGAUUUCGAUACGCCGCUACCAUCUGAAUCUCCUCAUGAUGGGAUAGGGGUUGUAGAUGUCCAGGGUGCACGCCUUGGCUACUUCCAUCUGCUGGCGCGCUUUGCAUUGAUUCAACACCAGGUAUACAGUCAUCUUUAUACCACCAGUGUUCAGACGAAGAUCACUAGAGAUCUGAUCGGGGAACUAAAGAAUUGCCAAGAGGCGCUUCUCGAAUGGAGAAUUUCUUUUGAAAAACACUAUGUGCCGGAGCUAGCGUUUUCUAAUGCUCCCCAUUAUCAUCUCCAGCAUGUCCUGAGAUUGGACUUUGCAUACCAUUGUUGUUAUGCCAAGCUUUACCAAGUCUGCAUACUUGUUCGAAGACCAAUGGCCCAAGCUCCAGAGGACCUAGAAGACUAUGCAGCUUUGGAUGGACAAGUCAAUGAUACACUGGUUAGAUCACUUGAAUCGGCGAGAUCUGCGGUUAGACUGAUAAAACAUGUAAAUCUAUUCGGGCCUUCUUUUGCAUGGGGUGUUCUCUACUUCCCAGCCGCCGCAUCUGUGAUCUUGUCGUCGCACUUGCUAGCAAACCCAUUCCAUCAACAUGCUGCGUCUGAUCUUGCUAUGGCUCAUGAAACGAUAAAAUUUCUUUCCCGAAUCUCAUCUGAAGAUCCAGGCACAUAUGUUGAUUAUAUACUUAGCCUGUGCUCGGAGCUAGAGAGUGCUGCUAAGAAGGCCUCAAGUCAAGCCGCUCAAGACCUCUCUCGGCAACCGAUGGAGAAUAUCAAUAAUUCUAUGAAAGAGCCCGGCGGCUCAGUGAGCAAUUUGACCAUGCCUUUCCAUAUGAAUUUCGCCACACCCCAGUCGGAAGGUAUGGAUUUGACGAGAAGUGCUAUUUCGCAAAACUAUGACAUGUCCACGGUGGAUCCAACUUUCGACCUGGCCAUGAAUCUUCAAUGGCCUAUUCCUCCCUUCUGGAAUUGGGGAGAUAUGACGACUGGCUCGGACGAGAAUACUAACAAUGAGCAAGCAUUAUAG